AUGGCCAGCGCGCCUCCAGCAUGGGCAUACGUCGACUUCAAGAACGACGAGCCUCGCACUCAGGCUGUCGAUCGCCCCACCGCCAUAAACAGUUCUCCCGGCCCAUAUGCAUCCGCGCCUUCGCCCUCCUCCUCCUCAAAACCUCCCAGCAUGGUCACGCCGAACGACUUCAAGUUCUUGCGCGAGCUAGGGAGUGGGUCAUGGUCCACCGUUAUGGAGGCAACCCAGGUCAUGACCGAGAAGCGCUAUGCCCUCAAGAUACUCAGCAAAGCACAGCUGAUCAAACUGAAGAAAGUCAAGUACGCGACUGUCGAGAAGGACACCCUCGCCAAACUCUCCAACGGGCACCCAGGGAUUAUCCGCAUGCAUGCCGCGUUCCAAGACGAGACUUCUCUGUACUUUGCGUUAGAUCUCGCGGACAACGGUGAUCUAGCCGACUUGGUGAAGAAGCACGGCUCCCUCAACCUGCCAUGUGCGCGGUGGUACACCGCACAGAUCGUCGAUGCUGUGCUGUGGAUGCAUAGUAAGGGCGUUGUGCACCGGGAUCUAAAACCGGAGAAUGUGCUGCUGGAUAGCGAGUUCAGGGUGAAGCUCACGGACUUCGGGUCCGCAUACAACGCUCCCGACGGUGAUCUAUCCCCGCGCGCGAGCUCGUUUGUGGGAAGCGCAGCGUACGUGUCUCCCGAGCUACUCAACCGGGCGUCGAAGACGACGAGCAGCAGCUCCGAUAUAUGGGCGAUUGGCUGCACGUUGUAUUUCCUUGUUGCUGGCAUGCCGGCGUUCGCUGCCAUCAACGACUACCAGAGCUUCCGCAAGAUAGAGGCACUAGACUACACGUUCCCCGACGGCUUCUACGACGUAGCCAAAGACUUCGUGCAACGCCUCCUUGUCCUGGACCCCGCGGACCGGCUCGGAGUUGAGCCCAAAUCCUCGCCCUCUGAACUACGCGACCACCCAUUAUUCUCCGCGCAAGGCGCCGAAGAAGAUCCCAGCACUCCCCCGAUCUCCUGGGACACGCUCUGGACAGAUCCCCCACCUCCUAUCGAGACUGGAAUCGCCGCACCCGCCCAGCCCCACGGCUCCGGGGACGAAGAGGACGUCUGGGAAAGCAUGGUGCAAGAAUUCAGUCUCGCGAACCUGCGCUCGCCUGGGCCCCUGGACGGCGACCCGCUCUCGACCAUGGCCAACGGGCUACUCACGCCCUCGAGCACGUCGACGCCCGUCGAUGUCCCCCCUGACGCGGUGUUGUCCGAGGUCGUGGAGACCGUGUCCGAUUCCUCGGCCCCGGACGCAGACGCGGGCGUCGGGCCCUUGGCUGCGGAGUCCGAGGCGCCGGCGUCCGAAGAAGCCCCCGCCACGGACCCGGUGUUCAAAGACAGGGACUGGUGA